AUGAAAACAAUGCGCAGCAAGAUCCUCGCAUAUAUCGUCCUCCCAUUCGGCGCAACAGUCUACGGCACCCAUAAUGGCCUUAACCACCUGGAAAAGAAAUAUCCAAACCAACCCCUGACAGUAGGGAGCAAAUUGCUACAAGCACCAAGUAACCCCCAAACACAACAUUGCCCAUAUACGGAUAUCUACGCUGCACGUAUCCCGCUACAAGCACUGGUAGCACAGUGCAAACCCAACAGCAACACCCCCGAUAAGAAUGCACUCGAAGAUGCAUGGGCCCGCUCACUACUCGGGUCUCCAAUCCUCAAAACAGAAGCAAGUAUCUUCGGCCUUCUCCGUCACGGAUCAUACGACCCAGGAGAUCUCGGCAACACCACAGAAGGAUUCAAGCCCGAUGCAACGGGUGAACCCCGAAGAUUAAUGAACGGUAUCAUGCAAGUCCAGCGCCAAAUCGGCGCAGGUGAAGAUUCGAACGGUCUUCUUGUUUCUUGGAAAAUUUCUGAUGAGCCGCGCCUGUUUUUUGAGAAGAUUUCGCGCUGGGGGUAUCCUUGGCGUCUUAUGUCGGGUGGACGGCAUGAGAUGAGUGUUUCGGAGCCGUUUGAGAUGGAAGGGGAAACGGUUGUCGAGGUAAGGUUCGCUUCUGCGCAUGAUUAUGAGGUUUUUGAGGAGGAGGGCUUGGAGCAGAAGAUUCUGCCUGAGUGGACUAAUCGGUUGCAUCGUGGGUUUGCGAGGCUUGUGCUUGACUUUGCUGUGCGGAAAUUGGAGAAGAGUUGA